AUUUGGUUGAGCUUUAAUGAGAAUAAUACUAUUAAAGCCGUAAUUGGGAAUUAAAAGAUCUUUAAUUUGGGAUUUAUGGAACCAAAUUUGAUCUUUUUAAAAUCAAUAAACUGUAAGAUGAAAAUAGGUGAAAUAAAUUUAUAAAUUUUGGCUGGUUUAUAGUAAUUGUGUAAUAUAGUAAAUUGAAAACCAGAUUAGGUUUCAAAAUAUCGUAAUUUAUAAUAAAUUAAAAUUUUAAAAUAUAAUAAAUGGCUUCUGAAGUCGAUAAUACUAACAAAGGCCAAAAUUCGUCCCAAGAAAGGACCGAUGAAGGAACUUCGGACUCCUCUCGGCAACAAUGUAUGAACCAAGAAUGUUUCUACCAAGACGAUACCCACUGCCCAUGUUACAUGUGUAAUAAUCACGGAGUGGACUCCAAAUCAACACUUUCCGAUGACGGAUUCUCAGGAGUUGAGUUUGCGAUAAGAACCUUUUGGAGAAUUGCAAAAACACAAAACGAUAUCGAAUCACCAACAGAAGGAAGCUCAAAAGGCUUUCAUUAUAGACUGCUGUUGCAUCCGAGAGGAACAGCAGGAACGGAUUCUGAGUCCAGUCAUUUAUCAGUAUUUGUGGAGGCAGUAGUUCAGGACUGGUAUCCGGAGUAUUGGGUGUUCCCAAAUGUAAGAUUUGAACUGACAGUAGUCAAUUUUAAGGAUCCAAAGCAGUCGGUGACAUCAUGGGCACAUUGGAGCUUUUCAAGCGAUGCAACGUCGAGAGGAUGGCAAAAGAUGAUAUCCCAUGCAAGACUAACUAAAGCAGCAGGCUUUAUGGACGAUGAAGGAACAGUAGUGAUUAGAGGAAAGGCAGAACCUCCGUACUCAUCUCUGUGGUCCAGAUCAAUACUGUACCAACCACAAAUGAUGUGGGAAUAUAUACCAGAUCGAGCACAGAGAGAGAUUUGCUCAGAAAUCUGCAACAAAUUGGUAAACAAUAGUAACCCUACCCCUAAUCACACAACUGCUCCUGAUAGUGAAGAUGAAAAUAUCACAGAUGUAAUGUUGCUUAAGUGUUUAGACUCAGUGGUGCCGGCAAUUACGCCAACAUUAGAUAGUGAUUUUUUGGCAUUAAUGGUGCAUAUUUUAUACCACCUGAGGGAGUUCAGAAGAAGCAUCCUCAUGUGGAACUAUGACUUUGAUACAGACGUGACUGAAGAGACAAGUAUAAUAUUGGCGCUUCAGAGGGUUUUUGCAUACAUGUACCUAUACCCACUAGCAGUUUCAUGUAGAACGUAUAAACUCUCAGCAGUUGAUAACCCGAAAAUAUCCAAGUAUUAUUUGUACGAGUUGGUGCCAAAGUCGACUUACAAGUACAAACAACAAUAUUUGCAAAUAAACAAAGAUAAUAGUAGUAAUGGAGAAAGUUCUGAAAAUAAUCAGCCAGAAGAUUGCCAAUCAAUGCACGAUAGUCAUGAUCACCCAAGCAUUAACUGCUGCUCAUUCGAUGGCGGAAGAUACGAAUGGGAAGUUAACAACCAGGAAUCAAAAACUAAUUCUACUAAAAAUAAGGAAGAAAACGUAAAAUUGGAUAAAGGAGGAUACAGACUUGUACCAGGAAGUUUGAGCCACAGUAUAGGAGAUAGACCGGAUAUAUUUUCUAAACUAUUGCCUCCACCACCAAACCUGAAACCAAUAUUGAAGGCAAUGCAUAUGACGGACUUACAGACGAUGGAGCCACAAGAUCAAAUUGUGAAUUUACAUUCAGAAAUGUUCACGAUGAUUUUAAGAGAUUUGGCAUCCGCGAAGAAAGUUUUGAAACAGAGAAGAAUAAAGUCAAACAGCAGUGAAUCAAUAUCUUACCCACCAGAUCCAGAAAAGAAGGAAGGAGAGAAGACAGUUCCAUUAUGUAUGAGAGACCAAACGCUUUUAGAGUCAACAUGUAAGUUUUUAUUCUCAGGGUCCCCAGAAAAUGAAAAUUUGUUCCGUAAACCAAGUGUGGAUGAUAUCUCCACAAUUUACAUAAGAUGCAAACACUCAAACUCUUUACAAAAAGCAUUAGAAGCUACCCCAAAGACAAUGACCAGAUACCCACAAGUGCUUUUCUUUUAUCUUUACCCAACUAAGAAUGCGAAGAAGGGAGAACUGUUUGACGUUCCGCUGAGGUUAGAUUGCACAUCAAUAAAGUCCGCAGCAGCAUACGAUAACAUGAGUGAUGAUAGUAGAAAUACAAACAACUACGACGAUUACGGAGUGUUUGAAUGUUCGGAAGACGAAGAUGAUACCUUCGGAGAAUUUGAUAAUGUUUGCGAAAAGGAACACACAUCAGUAAAGUGGUAUUCAUUGUACGCUCUGAUAAUAAAGGAGGGAGAUCUUAGAUAUGAUGGACUAGGAAAGGGAACAAGUAGUUUUAACACACUUCUUUUAAGGCCAGAGGAGGACGGGCCUUGGUAUAGAAUGAGUGAAGGGAAGGUUGAAAAGUUGACAACGAAGAUGGACUUCACAGAGUGGAAGUGCCAUAGAGACUUCUUUUGUGUCUCAGCAGUUUACAUAGCAGAAGACUACAUAGAUAUGCUCCAAGUGGGAGAAGUGGACCUGAUAGGGAACUUGAAACAGUGGAACCCGAAAUUGUACUACGGAACGUUGACAGAAUUGGGAGUAUGUGAACAGGAUAUUCUACUGGCAAUUAAAUAUAAAAUGAAUCAUUCAAAGGCAGAAACUGAUUCGAAUAAAUCCAGUGAUACUUCAAGUAAGGAUAAUUCGGUGUCUAAAGACCUAAAGUUUAAUAAUCGAUUUUUAAACCCUAAAGAACUUGGAAGGGAAGAAGAUUUAAUAGAAAAAUUCGGGAAGGAAAAUGUAGAUUCAAUUUACGAUUUUGUCCACGUGAGAAGAAUAGGCCAGAACCACCCAAGACUCUCGUCAUGCUGUGAAAUGCACGGAUAUAAUCACACACUCCUAAUGGGUCUGGAUGAAAAGGAGAGAAGAUUAAAGUAUGAACUGUCUGUGGGCAAGAGAGAUGUGAUGAGGAGACUAAACAGACUGAAAACAAUUGGACCUUUUGUGAACUGGCUUUUUAACGCAUCUAAAGAAAACACGGCACUGUUAAACGGAAUUAUCCCCCCAGCGGACGGGAAGCUGUUGGUUAACUUUUUGCAGAAAAGAGAAAGGUUGUUCGAAGAGGAGUUUAGACACUUAAUUUCAGAGAUGUUCUUCAAGGAAAUGGCAGAAAAUCUAGCAUCAAAUGGAAUUUAUUCCUGGAAUGGAUCUUCGUGUUCAUGUGGAUGUCCGUGUAAAACAUGCCUCAACAAGCCGGCAAUGUUGUUGACGCAGAACGGAAGGUUCCCAGGAGAAGGGCUUAAAGUUUAUCUGUCAGAACCAGCAACAAUACUUUUCAGGAACAUCCAGAUACUGAGGUGUCACCUGGAGUACUUUUGCAAAGAUUGCAGAAACCUGACACUCCAGUUCCAAGCAAAGAGAAUGAACAAGACGCAGGAAAAGAAACAAGAAGUUGAAGUCCAGCCAAUACAGCACCUGCUGGAAGGAACACAACUGCAGCUCCAGUACCAACAGUACCUGAGUAAUAUUCAGAAUAAUGGAUCAAGCACAAGUUCGCAACAGAACCCAGAUGAUAUAGUGUCCCACAAGCUGGUCAAGUAUGAGUUUGAUUCACACCCGACACUUCAGCAGAUAUUGAACCCACACAAGUUUGAAGCAGGAGAUAAGGGAAGCGAGAUGUCACAGUUCAAGUCAACUUCAGAGAGAUCAGCACUGUUUUUGAUUGAGUGCAUAUGGGACGCAUGUGUAAGGUACACAAUGGACUGUAGAACCAUCCUAUUCCUCAAAGCAUGCUCAAUUGAGAAUUUUAAUAAGGGGUCAACAAGUCCCUCGGGUUCAGGCGGCUUUAGAAACAUGUUAAUUCCUCCAGGAGCACACUGUAAGGAUCUGUUUGUGUUUGACGGAACACUGGGAAGUUGCUCAGAGUUGUUGGAGCAUGAAGAUAUGAACCAUUUUGACACCAAGUAUGACCUAUCACCGAAGGAUGAGCUGGAUAUCAUGAAGCACUUUAGCAAGAAAUACAAAAUUCCAUCUGUCGCUGACAUGAGAAACUAUUUGAGAAGGUGCCAUGUACUAGUAUACCCGCUUAUAAGACCGCAUGAACUCUUGAGGAGUUAUCUGGAGCGUAGAUAUAAGAUAAACUUUGUGGAAGAGGUUGAAAAGCUGGGGUACAACGUUGUUUGGAAUGAAGAGGCAUUUAAUCAAAAGGCUAGUUUGUCAGAUUUGUCGGAUUCUGAGUUGAAAUUAUAUGGAAUUCACAAUAUUAACACAGACUCCUUUAAAGGGAUAGGACAUUAUCUGUGUAAUAUCUAUGAGAACUUGUUGACAAAAAUGUUGGUACACAUGCAGGAUGUGGAUAAGCAAAUCUAUCCAAACUGUUUUGACUACGUAUACACAGUGGGAGACAUAGCAAAGAUAGUCCAAGCGAUCAAGUACGAGUGUGAUAAGACGUUGGGCGCAGCUAAAGACUUCGCAAGCACAACUAGUGAACCCCUAGGUGAACCGGGGUCAAACGGCACUGAGAAUCUCAAGUGUGGAAACUCAUGCGGGAAUAUAAACAGUAAUAUGCACUUGUGUUCACACGAGGGAUGUGUAUGUUUGGGUCAUGAAUGCAGGUAUAAUUUCGGAUACACGGGAUACAUACUCCCGUUCUGGAUAGCUAACGAGAUGGCAGACCUGUCAAUGUUCACAAAUUCACAACUCCAGGCAUAUAACGAGUCACUGAUUGAGGACCUUUCAGAACUAUGUUUAAAGUCAGAUGACAAGAAAAAGAAGAAAGUAAAGCCAAGGAAACAGACACUGGAGAAGGUUACGUGCAUAAUACCACCACUGGACGUCAAGCUGAAACAAAUAUCAUUUGAUCAGUUUUUGGCAUAUAAAAGUGAUCCGACGUUAUUUAUGAACCCAAAUACGGUGGCAAGGUUCUAUUAUAAAAGAGACGGCUUCCUAGAAAAACAAAGAUUCCCACAACUCCACAAUAACGCGAACCCCUACAAGCAUAGCCUAAACACGUCGUUGAGUUACCUGACAAUACUAAACUUUAAUAAUCAGAAAAAAGGUUCAGGGCCAAAUUCACCAACAAGCAGAUCAGAACAAGUGAAUAACUUGCCUGACGAUGAGAAAGUAAUUGAUAAGUUAAAGCUUAGUAAGGAAAAGGAUAAUUCAGACGUCAGUCUGGAAGAUGGUGAUUCAGGAAGACCAAGAGUAGUAACAAACUUCAAUAUAGAUAAUAAUGAGUCUGAAUCGAAUAAGGUGAAAAACUCUAUUGAAAUAGGAAUAUUGACAACACAUGACUUGUUUGGACUGGAAGGGUUCUCGUGUGAGACGAAGGUGGUUCCAACAAAAAGACUGUUUGUAAACUAUAAAUACAAUGGAUCUCCUACAAAAGUGUGUCAUCUGUACUGGGCAAUAAGGAAGUUGAUAAGCGCACAAAUGUCAGACGAGUUGUUAACGUUAGGGUCAAAUAAGCCAAAGAAAAAAUCAAAGUGUAUAUGUGAUAAUGAAUGUCCAUACGAAAAUGAAUGCCCAAUAAAGCAGUCAUGGAGGCCAUGUGCAGGAGAUUGUUUCAUGCUUUAUGCACUCAAAAAUGACAUACAUUCGCUUAGAAUAGGGAAGAAAUUUGUGUACAUGCAGCCUGGAAUGGACUUGAGCUAUUACUUAAACCCAGAUAAGGCAAGAGGACCGGACAUCACGGUACUUAUUAGUGGCGGUCCUUCAUCGUUUUAUCUAAACGGAGCAAGUACAUGGUUUCCACUCCAGGAUGAUUCAGAUUACCCACUGCUCAUAUUCAAGUGGAUGUGUGUGGAUACAGUAGACCUGGUGUGUCUGGGAGCAAUUGUCUGUGACUCUAAAAAGCAACUCCAGCAGUACAUAUUUGAGUGGCUGCUGCCAAUAAUCAAGGAGUUGGGAUACCUACCAUCAAAUGAAACAGGAAAAGACGGAAGCAACCAGGGUAAUUGGACCAAUAAGGAUGAGGAUGUGGAUAGGUAUCAGGUCCUAGAAGAAUGCUCAGUAAGGAGUGUCCAGAAUGUGCGUAGAUGGAGUUGCGCGAUAAAGAAGAUUAAUAAGAGAUCAGGAGAUGUAAUUAUAACACAACUUAAGAGAACGGUAGACUCCCCAGCAACAAUGAGGUUUAAGGAGUCAGUGUUAUUUAUGAACUUGGUCAAGGAACUUACUGAACUUGAAGCUCUUGAAUUGCUACCCGAAACUAACAACUUCUACAGUGACACAUGGUCUAAGCCAGAAGAGGAUCAGCCGGAUUUGGUUAACAAACUGUCCAAGAAGAAGAAGAGAAAGUCAACGAAGUCUGCGAUACCCUCUAAUAAAAAGAGCACCUUCUCAAAAAGAGUGCAACCGGCACAAAUCGAUGACGAAGACAUUGCCGAUUAUAAAAAUGAAGAUAGUGGACCUGUUACGAGUUCAGUGGAUGUUAUUGAACAUAGAGAAAGAGAUUCAGAUCAAGAAAUUCAACCCACUAAAGAUAAAAAAGAAAAGGUUAAAGAUGAUGAAGAUGAGUCCUAUUUCGGAAAAGAUAAGCGAGACGCGUAUUCAAUGAUGAAACAGUCCCUCGACGAAAACUUGGAUGAUUUAUUAGAAAUUGAAAAGAAGGAGCAUUUGGAGCAUAUUCUAGAUGAGUUAACAGAAAGUGAUAAGGAGCCACAUGACAUGAACCAGCUAAUGACAGAUUUCAAGGACUUAGACCAUCUGGAAGAUAAAGAUUAUCUGAGAAGUGUAGAUGAUAUGUCUAAGUUGCGCAUGGAAGAUAGUGAUAGAGAUUACUUUACAUCUAGUGAGAACAGAGAAUCAUUUGACCUUCACUCGAGUGUUGAUAAGACCCCAGAAGAUACACAAGAUGACAUUGUUGUAUUGGUUAAAGAGGGACAGUUUAGGAGAAUUCUAGAUUUAUGUCCAACAUUGGGACUUGAGAAGGUGUGUGAAGAAGUGGCCACAAUGUUUGAAAAUGAACUGAAGAGGGAUUUUGUUCAAUUGGGAAAGAGAUUAAAAAAUCUGCUCAAGUUGGUAAAGAUGUUGUACACCAGAAUAAGUAGACCUGAACCAGUAAGAGAAAUGGUAAAGAAAAUACAUGAAACACAUUCCCUAAAGGCCAGCUUCUUAUUAUCACACUUACUUUUGGACUAUAAUCCUACAAUACCAUUGAUGGAUGACGUGUUCGAUUAUGUCUUAGAGGAUGUUCUAAAGUACAGUUAUUAUUUGUUUACUGACAAGAAUGAGUACAUCAGGACUUUACUCCACCAGAUGGUUAACUCGCUUUACAAAAACGCCAAGAUUACCUAUAAAUUCGAUUCCUCACAGCUGUUUUUAAUAUAUGUUGUUGCCAACACCAAGAUUGAAUUCCCGGAAAUUAAAACCCAGAUGAAACCCACCACGAAACAUGAGUCUGAACCAGAUCAUGUAGAAUAUGAAAAACAAUUAUCUGACGAGAACCCGGAAACUGCAGACAGUGAAGAGUUGGGUGAAAACAACGUCAGAACCCUUUUACAAAAGAAGAUGGACUUUGUUCAAAGGAGAACGAUCAAGGAAACAUUUUUGUUUAACUUUGAAGAUAACGAAGAACUCGUAACUACUCCGAUGUUGGAGUGGUUAGAUGAUGAAAUUGAGCAGUUUGAAAGACUCUUUCUUCAGCAGCUCAAGGUGUGGUGGAAUACCCGCCAGGUGAUUCUGGACAAAAUCAAGUCUAACAUUCAUGCAACUUCGGGUAGAUUUAAAGACUCGUUGGUAAUCCACAUUAACAACAGUGUGAAACCACACACCUCAGGUAGAGAUAAUUACAAUUAUAAGUAUGGGAAGGAUGAACUGUAUCUGGAUCUCUAUGAGUUCAGAAUCCUCUUGUAUUUUGUUGAAAAUUACCCAGAAAUAACUCUUUGUUUCAAUAAGGACUCUAUUACACUCUAUUUUAGCGGGAAGAUUGACAAGAAAUCCUUUCUAAGAUCAAUAAAGGAGUCUAGACAGUUUUUCGGCACCAAGAACACUAUUAGAUCAAUUCCAAACCUUCCAAUUGAACACACUGACACUGCUACCACCACUGCCAGUCUCAUGGACAUGCAGCUUAAUAACAACAAGACUGCUUUGCUUUUGCUUUCUAUCAAGUACUCUAGUUUUUCUCAACAGGUUGAUUCACAGUUUUUAAAAUCUAUUUCUUCGUAUAAGACUUACCGGUCUUUUAACAUUCCUCCUCCGCCGAGCAGUUCCGCCAGCUUGGUUCAGGAUUCAGUUUAGUAGAAUUUUUCACCCAAUCCCAUUACUACUUUAUCAAUUUAUUAAAUUU